AUGUCAAAUCAAAGCAAUUGUCAAGCGUUCAAACAACAAAUGAACGCGUUUAUACUGAUUGAAAAUGAAUUCAUAUUCAUAUUGGAAAAACUCGAAUUUAAAAUCAAAGCUGGGAUUGAAGGAUAUUCUUCUGCAACAGCUCAAAGUACGGUACAUAUGAAUUCAUCAUUAUCAUCACAUUCAUCAAUGGGUUCAGAACGGAAUUUGCGAAAUGCUUCAACGAGAAGUUAUUCUCAACAACAGUCUACAACAACAGAUUCCGGAAUUACUGUUACGGAAGAUCUACCACAUUGUUAUUCGGAAUGGCGAAGUCGUAUUCUGGCUAAUUUAUCUAACAAACAUACGAAUAAUAAAAAUGUUGGUCUGAACAGAUGUUCAUCAUUACGAACGGAUGAGGUGACAGUUGGUGAAAAUCAGCUUUCUGAAGUUCGUUCAAUCACAGAAAUUUAUCAAUGCGCAGAGAUGGCUUUUGGUGAGGGAGAUGGAUUGUCACAAUCGACACUUGAAGGAGUAUCAUAUACGCCCAAUUAUCAUAAUUCAGAUCCUGUAAUUGAGCGUUUAAUUCGUUGUGUUGGUAAAAUACGCGGUAUUGGCAUGCGUAAACUUACAGAGCAAGAAUUUGGUCGAUGGCGUCGUUUGGUGACAAGUAAUGUGACAUUUCGUGAAUCACUUAUAAAUGCACACGAUAGUAAACAAAUUGAAGAGAUUUGUUUGGGAUCAAAUUAUAAGAAAUUAUUUGCAAAAGAGAAAUGGACUGCUAUAAUACGUUGUAUUAUUGAACAACAACAAUGCAAUAUGUCAACAAGAAAUUCUCUUAAAGGAAAUAAUUCACAACAACAAGUUUGUUAA